AUGUCUGUCUCGGAUCGCCUUUCCUUAGCUCCACGAACAACGACGUCAGACACAGUUUCGCCAGAAACACCACUAGCCACAGAUCCACCAUCUACAACGCCAGAAACAGUUACGCCAGAAACAGCACCAGCCACAGGUCCACCAUCUACAACGCCAGAAACAGUUCCACUAGGUGCAACGCUACAAACAAGUCCACCACCUACAACUCCAGAAACAGGUAAGAACCGCGCACCAACGAUACUGGAUUCGUCGUGUUCAUUGCAUAAGAGGUCUGAAGGUGGACAUGUCUCUUAUCGUCUUUGUUUAGUAUCGCCGGGAACACCGCGGGACACAGAUCCACCAUCUACGACGCCAGAAACAGUUUCGCCAGAAACACCACUAGCCACAGGUAAGAAUUCCAUUACUGUUGCAUCAUUGCUUAAGGGUUCUGCAUAUGACAUGUGCCAGGGUGGAAGAUAUGCGUACUCACUUAAAUGGGCGACUAACAGGAAAGAGCAGAAAAGACAUUUAAACAUUAUCUUGAAAUUGAACAGUAGGUUAAUCUGACAACACGCCCUGCGGCCUUCAGCCACGCAUUCACGUCAUGGAGAAGUAACGAGCACGAGAUGUUAGACGGUCGAACCGUAAAACUGGCUAGGGCUUUAAAAUAUACUUUGUUAGGUCGUUUAUUCAUUUCGCUGUUUCCAAUCCCCAUAGUAAGAGAGGCACUAUAUAUGAAAAUAUAUUAACGCAUUUGAGGAUGAUUUGAGCAAUUAUUCUAAAUAGACACAGGUUAGAACUCAAUUACUGUUGGAUCAUUGCUUAAGAGCUUUGCUAGUGACGCUGGCUAACAUUUUUGGAAAUUUGACACCACGACUACACUCUAAAAAAAAAGCGUCGUUUACUAAACCCAAAAGGGAUUUAGCAAAAUGCAAUGACACGCUACCGCUUCAAAAGUUUAGUAAAAAACCCUUUUAGGGUUUAGUACGCUUACUAAACCUGAAAGCGGUAGCGUGUCAUUG